AAUGGACCAAGAGCAUGAUCAACUCUUUGAGAAAGUUCUAAAAGAUAAAAACACCGACCACCCUCCUGAGGAGAAGCGAGGAGGCCAGAUUCCGUUCUAUAUCCAGCAGAAUAAAUAAGAUGAAGUCUGCUAUUAGACGGAUGAGUAAUGUGGAAGACAUAGUGGACAACCAUAAUAAAGUACUUUUAAAUCAUGACCGAAUGAUCAAGGAAAAUUCAAAUGUUAAAAUCUCCCCAGGAAGGAUUGAGCGGACCGUCUUGAGCAAACUGGAUUCAGCUAUUGCAGCUUUUCAAACUACUAUAAGCACAUUACUAAAGUCUAAAAUCGAGAGAGAAGAAUUCUAUGAAAAGUUUAGAGAAAAAGCAAGCAUGGCUGAACUUGGCACUAUCCAGCUUGAAGUAGCAAGCCAGAAAACCAAGAUUGGUCUUCUGAACCAAGCUGUUGAGAGAAAAGCUGAUGAAGAAGCCAAAAUUCCAGCACCUACUCUCGAGGAACUAGAGAGGCUAGAGAAAAUAAAAGCUAAUAAAGAUGAAGUAGAAGACCUCAGGCUCCAAAUAGAGAGACUUGAAGGCCUCAUUCACAAGAUGGAAGAGGAAGAAUAUUCUCAAGAAGAUUAUUCAGAAUCCUACGAAGGAGAAGAAAGUGAAGAAGAUGUAAUCUCUCUCGAAGAUAUUGAAGAGAUACCCAAACCUCUACCAAUGAAAAUGGAUGAAAUUCAAGAAGAAAAGCCUGAAGCUAAAUCUAAAGAAGAAAAAUCUGAUAACUUAAAAAUAAAACAAGAGAAGGAUCCUAAAAAUCCUGAUGGCAAAGACCAAAGUAACCCUAAAAUAGAGUUAGGGGAACUUAGCAAAAUUACAAAGAAGGACCAACAUAUUGAUCUCCUCAAUAUUCAAACUCCGAAAGAGUCGACUACAAAGAAUGUAGAUCUCAUGCACGAAAAGGCUGAGAGUGAUAAACAGACACCAUCUAGGUCAGCUUUCUCCAAGACAAUGAAGUAUGACUUCAAACCUGAUAAAGACAAAGAUGGUUCUGUUAGAGAUAAAACUCCUCCAGAGAAAAGAGAAGAGGAGAAGUCCAAAAGAUCAGGCAGCUCACGCAAGGAAAGCAUUGGUCGUAGCUCAAGAGUGAAAAAGAAGAAAUCCAAGCUAUCUCGUAUGAGCAGCAGGGUCUCAAAAGCUAGCAAGCAAACCCGGAGAAUCAUAGGGGGAGGUGCUGACAGUAAAGUUGUCAAUGAGUUACAGCUAAAUGUUAAGAAACUCCUUGAAGAUAUGAGGAAGAUCAAGAAUUUUGAACAUGAUUCAGACCUGACUUUUAAAAGGAUCCACCAAAGUAUUGAAGAACUCAAUAGGAAGAACGAGUUAUUCAAGAUCGAGCAUAAUUCCAUCAAAAAGAAGCAAGAUGAUAUUCAGAAUGAGCAUUCCAAAGCAAUGAGCCAGAUAGAGGACAAGACAGUAAAAGUACAGAAAAUUUACAAAGAUAUUCAGACAAUGAUCAAUAAUUUCAAGAAGGAAUACAGAUAUGGCUUCAAAAAAAUUAUUAAAGCGGAAGUGGAGAUUGGAGACCUCAAAACUCAGGUAAAAUUCAUAAGAAAUAAGCUCUUGCCUAAAGAUCAGCUGAAACAGUUUAAAAAGGAAGAUUUGCUGAAAGAAAUAGAUGUCAAAUUUGAUAUUUUGUACGGGCAAGUGACCGAAAUGGCUACUGAUCAAGCAAAUUUUAACACAAAAAUAAGAGAUAAUCAAGACAAGCUUCAAGAGCCACUCGAAAUUGAAAUGGGAAAGCUCAGGCAAGAGAAUGAGCUUAUGUUGAGAGAAAUUGAAAGAACCCAGCAAGCAAAUAGAGAAUUAAUAAAUAAUGUAAUGAAAGGGAAUUUGACUGAAAGAUCUCCUCCACAGAAAACCUCUCAUUCCUUUGUAAACCCAAGUACUGCAAUGAGCUCUACAAGGCCAAUGAGGAAGCAUAAUAAUUCUAUAAACAGUGAUAUUAUCAAGGUUGAUUAUCCUAAAAGGCGUAAACUGACUCCAAGCACCACGAAUGUUUCGUUCAACAAAUUAAAGAGAUUUAAAUUUGAAAAGCUCAAUGAGAGUAGUGAUGUCAUGCCUGACUUCUCAUAUUUAGUAAAUAAGCCUAUGACACGGAAGCGUUUGAAGACAUCAUAUAGGAAGAUCGAUAUAAAGACACCUAUCUCUCAAGAAAAUGAUCUCCAAGAUUACAUGAAUGAUUCUACUAGAAUAGCUGCCAAAACAGCAAUGAAGGGAGCUCGAAAGAAUUAUUUUAGGACAAAGCAAAAAUAGUUUUUUGAAUUUCAAUAUUACU